AACGUAAAUAACCGCUUGCGAUUUCGGUCUGCAAAAAAAUUUGUUUCGUCGGCAGUAGUGAAAAAUUUGCAUAAUUUUGUAUUUGAUCAUAAGCUUGUUGUUUGGAUUUGGCUGCUAAAUCAACGAUGUCCGACAUUGAUGAUGAUUUCAUGUGCGAAGAUGAGGAGGAUUAUGGCCUGGAAUAUUCUGAGGACAGUAAUUCGGAACCGGAUGUGGACUUGGAGAAUCAGUACUACAACAGUAAAGCAUUGAAAGAGGAAGCCCCUUUGGAAGCGCUGAAAUCCUUUCAGAAAGUUCUUGACUUGGAGAAUGGAGAGAAGGGAGAAUGGGGGUUUAAGGCCCUUAAACAGAUGAUCAAAAUUAACUUUAAACUGCAAAACUACCAGGAAAUGAUGACCCGGUAUAAGCAAUUGCUGACCUACAUCAAAAGUGCAGUAACCAGGAACCAUUCAGAGAAGUCGAUCAACUCUAUUUUGGACUACAUCUCUACUUCAAAGAAUGUAGGUUUCUAUUGCUUAAAUUUUGUGUACCACAAGUUUUAUAAACAUUUCUCGCAGAUGGAACUGCUUCAAAAUUUCUACGAAACCACUCUCGAAGCCCUGAAGGAUGCCAAAAACGAUCGCCUUUGGUUCAAGACCAACACCAAGCUGGGAAAGUUGUACUUUGACCGGAAUGAUUUUGGCAAGCUUCAGAAAAUUUUGAAACAACUGCAUCAAUCCUGUCAGACUGAUGAUGGCGAGGAUGAUCUUAAAAAAGGCACUCAGUUGUUAGAAAUCUAUGCGCUGGAAAUUCAGAUGUAUACUGUACAAAAGAACAACAAAAAAUUGAAAGCCUUGUAUGAGCAAUCACUGCACAUUAAGUCCGCAAUCCCUCAUCCGCUGAUUAUGGGCGUGAUCCGAGAGUGCGGUGGUAAGAUGCAUCUCCGAGAAGGAGAAUUUGAGAAAGCUCAUACGGACUUUUUCGAGGCAUUCAAAAAUUACGACGAAUCUGGUUCGUCGAGGCGCACAACUUGCUUAAAGUAUCUGGUUUUAGCCAACAUGCUCAUGAAAUCGGGCAUUAAUCCGUUCGAUUCGCAGGAAGCGAAACCGUACAAGAACGAUCCGGAAAUUCUGGCAAUGACAAAUUUGGUAGUAAGUUAUCAGAACAAUGACAUCAUGGAGUUUGAGUCAAUUCUGCGGAACAAUCGAAACAAUAUUAUGGCAGACCCAUUCAUUCGAGAACAUAUUGAAGAUUUGCUGCGAAACAUUCGUACCCAGGUACUGAUCAAGUUGAUUCGCCCGUAUACCAAGAUUACGAUUCCUUUUAUUUCGAACGAACUGAAUAUCGAACCAGUUGAAGUGGAAAGCUUGCUGGUGUCCUGCAUCCUGGAUAGCACCAUCCAGGGUCGCAUCGAUCAGGUCAAUCAGGUGCUGGAACUGAACAAGGAGGCACGCUGCGGGGCUCGAGACAGUGCUAUCGAAAAGUGGUCCAACCAGAUCAACUCGGUACAAACUGCCAUCAUCAACAAGAUGGCGUAAAGCAUGUCGCAAUAAUGUCGAUUCCUCAGACAGUAUGUGGGAUAGGUACCAUUUCGAUUUGAAAGCGCUAAUGUUAGCUGAUUUGUUCAGGAUGUAGUUUCGUCACGGGAUAAGACUAUGUGGAGCAAUGCGUCGGAAAAAAGAAAACGAAAGAAAAAACAGCCGCUUGUUAUUAUCUAUUAUGUAUAAA